GUGAACGCAGCACCGGUCUCCGUAUUUGCCUCCUGCCUGGCAGGGAGAGGAGGAGGAGAAGGAGGCGGAGGGCGGAAAGGGGAGCGUUUUUUGACUCUUGUCUCCCAACCCCCAGUCCGUCCGUACGAGGUGGAUUUGGGAAGAAAAGAAUCCAAACCUGCGACGUGGAGAUAACGACAGAAGCAGAAAAGGAGACAUUCGGUGAUCCAGGCGCGGCGUUGUCGCGCGCGGAUUACCGUGUGUGAUUUUUGUACUUUCCACCUUUCUUCUGCCCCGCAGAGUCUGAUCCGGAGAAGGAAAUAACAAGAAUAAUAAUACACGUUUAUCUCCGCCAGACUCUUCAUCUUAUUGACUUCCCCGCCUCGAUAAAAGUGGAAUUUUUAAAAAAAGCGUUUUCUCCCAGGAAGGAUGCACACGAUCGCUUUUCUUGAAGGAAUACCACCGAUCCUCUCCGAAGACUAACCCAGGGAUUUUAAACCUUUUUCCCCCUUUUUUGGGGGGUCGUCUCGUACCUUUCACUCGUUUUCAAAGUGCUAAACCAUCCUGCCUGCAGAACUCUAUCAUCCCGGCGCAGUUGGUGCCUCGGCGCUCCAGCCAGGUGGAAGAUAAGACCCACCCCUUCCUUCCCUGUACCCCACGCCCCCAAACCCGCUCCCACCGGAACAAAGAUGGCCACGGGGAGUGUCACUCGUCUGUCCUUGCCAAUCCUGCUGCCUGUUACAACUCUGCUGCUGUCGCUGCUGCUCACUGGCUCCCAGGCCUUAUUGCCGCCACGAUUCACGAAAGUCCCCGUUGACCAGAUAGGCGUCUCCGGGGGUGUGGUGUCUUUUGUUUGCCAGGCGACGGGUGACCCCAAGCCGAGGGUGAGCUGGAAUAAAAAAGGCAAAAAGGUCAACUCCCAGCGUAUAGAGACCAUUGAAUUCGACGAGGGCGCCGGCGCUGUGCUCCGAAUCCAGCCUCUGCGUGCACCGCGUGACGAGAACAUCUAUGAAUGUGUGGCUGAGAACACCGAGGGCGAGAUCACAGUCAAUGCCAAGCUGUCCAUCAUCCGAGAGGACCUUCUCCCUUCUGGCUUCCCGAACAUUGACAUGGGCCCUCAGUUGAAAGUAGUGGAGCGAACCCGGACUGCAACAAUGCUGUGUGCAGCCAGCGGCAACCCCGACCCAGAAAUCACUUGGUAUAAAGACUUCCUGCCCAUUGACCCCAGUGCUAGUAAUGGGCGGAUCAAACAGCUCCGUUCAGGUGCCUUGCAGAUCGAGAACAGCGAGGAGACGGACCAGGGGAAGUACGAGUGCGUGGCGUCUAACGUGGAAGGCGUGCGCUACUCGUCCCCUGCUAACCUUUAUGUGCGAGUCCGGCGGGUUCCUCCUCGCUUCUCCAUUCCACCGACGAGUCAGGAAAUCAUGCCAGGUGGUAGUGUGAACAUAACGUGCGUGGCGGUGGGAUCCCCCAUGCCUUACGUGAAGUGGAUGUUGAAUUCGGACGACCUGACGCCAGAGGACGAGAUGCCUGUGGGUAGGAAUGUCCUUGAGCUGAGCAGCGUCCGUGAGUCGGCCAACUACACCUGCGUGGCCAUGAGCAGUCUUGGCAUUAUUGAGGCUGUUGCGCAGAUCACCGUCAAAUCUCUUCCAAAGCCUCCAGGUACUCCAGUGGUAACUGAAACCACAGCCACUAGUGUGACUAUCACCUGGGACUCCGGCAACCCUGACCCAGUCACCUACUAUAUCAUCCAAUACCGUGCAAAAUCCCCUGACAGCAAGUACGAGACAGUGGACGAUAUCACCACUACACGUUACAGCAUCGGCGGCCUCUACCCCAACACGGAGUAUGAAAUCCGAGUCUCGGCCGUCAACACAAUCGGCCAGGGUCCUCCCAGUGAGCCAGUGGAGACCAGAACCGGUGAACAAGCCCCUGCUAGUCCACCCCGAAACAUCCAAGCCCAGAUUAUAUCCCAAAACACCAUGAUGGUACGCUGGGAGGAACCAGAGGAACCAAACGGGCAGAUUAAGGGCUAUAGGGUUUAUUACACCAUGGAUGACUCCCAGCCUAUGAACCUGUGGCAGAUCCAUAAUGUCCAGGACAGCAUCAUCACGACCAUCCAGAGCCUUGUUCCUCAAGAGACAUACACCAUCAAAGUCCUAGCUUUUACAUCAGUAGGUGAUGGACCCUUCUCAGAGCCAGUCCAUGUUAAAGUGCUGCAAGGAGUUCCUGGUCAGCCAUCCAAAUUUCAGGUGGGCGACGUGUCUGAUACCAGCAUCCAACUAACUUGGGAACCUGCCUUUGAUAAAGAAGGAAUUAUCAAAUAUGAACUUCGCUACACAGAAGGCAGUUUUGGCUCUCAGAUCAAGAAAACAUUUGGGCCCGCAUCUUCAUACAUUGUGGAAGGCCUCCGGCCAAACACCGAGUAUCACUUCUCCCUGGCAGCCAUUUCUAACAAAGGCAUCGGAGCUUUCACCAAUGAUGUAUCGCAGAAGACCUUGCAAGCCAAUCCUUCAGCCCCCCCUCAAGACAUUAAGUGCAGCAGCACCAGCUCCACCACCUUGCUGGUAAGUUGGCGCCCCCCGCCACUGAGGAGCCAGAAUGGUGUCCUGGCGGGGUAUAGGGUGCGCUACCACGUGGUGGGACAGGCGGAGGGCGGCGCUGACGAUGUGGAGCCGAUGGAAGAGCCCACCGUGCCUGCCUCCGAAGAGCAGGUGCUGCUGCAGCGAUUGGAGAAGUGGACCCAGUAUCGCAUCACCGUGUCUGCCUUCACGGUUGUUGGACCGGGCCCUGAAAGCGAGCCCUUAAGCUGCCGGACGGAUGAAGACGUUCCUGGCGCCCCUCCGAGGCGCGUGGAGGUGGAGGUCUUAAACUCCACCGCACUCAAGGUGAUGUGGCGUUCGCUCAUGCCUGGGAAGCAGCACGGCCAGAUCCGUGGCUACCAAGUCCACUACGUCCGCGUGGAGAACGGGGAGUCCAGGGGCCUGCCCCUUAUUAAGGACGUCAUGCUGGCCGACGCCCAGUGGGAAACGGACGAUAUCGCUGAAUAUGAAAUGGUUAUUGGAGGAUUGAAGCCGGACACCACCUACUCCAUCACGGUGGCGGCAUACACCACCAAGGGCGAUGGAGCACGGAGCAAACCCAAACUGGUUGUGACCAAAGGUGCAGUGCCUGCUCCGCCCAUUUUGUCAGUGACUCAGGAGUCGGAAACAUCUGCCCUGGUUCGCUGGGACCCCCCCGAUCUAAAAAACGGCAUGGACCUUCAAGGUUACAGGCUCCAGUUUGGUCGGAAAGACGUCUCACCUUUGGCCACGCUCGAGUUUUCCCCCCAGGAACGACAGUACUCUGUAGGCAACAUUCACCGCGGGGCCACCUACGAGUUUAAACUGUCCGCCAAAAGCAGGGGGGGCUUUGGGGAGGAAGCUGGUGUGGAAUUCCGAGUGCCGGAGAACAUACCAAGUGGUUACCCUCAAAUGAACGAAGGCUCCAAUGUGACGUGUUGCUCCGUGCAGCUGUCCUGGUCACCGCCGGUGCUGGCCGAGAGGAACGGCGUAAUCACCGAGUACACUUUGGCUUUCAAGGAAACUGGCAGUCGAGAAGCACAGCAGGAGCUCCGAGUACCCCCAAACCUGUCCAGCUUCGUCCUCAACAGCCUCAAACCAAACUCUGCUUACGAUGUGAAAAUGCGUGCGCACACCAUUGUAGGUCCCGGGCCCUACAGCCCACCUAUCCAGUAUCGGACGGUGGCCAAUGAUCCAACAGAUGUGCCAAAGAAUUUUACCAUCAAGUGGGCGACCAAGACCACCGUGGUCCUUGCCUGGAAGUUUUCUGACAGCAGGUCCCCAUACAAAUGCACAAUUGAAUACAACCGUCAGAAGAUGGAUGUCGAUGCCAGGCAGCUGAAGGCCUUCAUCACCGGGCUGAGGCACAACACCACUUAUGAGUUCAGGGUGACAUGCCAAGAAAGCAUGGACGACGGGACAAAACACCGUGUGGUAGCCAAGACAGCACCACUCAUCCUGGUCAGGAAGCCCAAGCUGGACAUCUACGCCGAGCCUGACGAUAUUCUCACCAUGUCCUUUCCACCGGUCGAUGGCAAGGAUGUCAAGAUUUUUUAUGUGGUUGUGGUGCCAUUGAGAAGGACCUUGGGGACUGUCAAGAAUCUAAAGACUCCUGACGAGAUGGACAUUGAAGAGCUGUUGCGGGAGGUGACCCCAAAGCGCCGGUCACGCCGUCAGCUGGCUCAGCUGGACCAGAGGAAGCCUUACAUCACAGCCUGCUUCCGGCAGCUUCCUUCCAGCUUCACCGUGGGCUCUGACCAUCGCCAGAGCAGCUGUGAGAAUAAGUCUCUCGAACCUGGCCAAGAGUACGUCUUCUUCCUCAUGGCCGAACUGAAUACGACUGCCGGGAAAAUGUUUGCGACCAGCCCUUACACUGACACGGUGAUGACUCCCGUGCUGGUAGACCCUCAGCCGGUGGAGACCGGCGGGGAUGGUCUCAUUUGGGUGGUCGGUCCAGUCUUGGCUGUGGUCUUCAUCAUCUGCAUUGUCAUUGCAAUCCUCCUGUACAAAAACCGCAAGAGAAAGGAGUCAGAACCCCGCACCAAGUGCCUGCUGAACAACGCCGACAUCACCCCCCACCACCCCACUGAUCCUGUGGAAAUGAGACGCAUCAACUUCCAAACGCCAGAUUCCAGUCUAAACAGUCCUCAGAGUGCAGCAGAUAUUGAAUAUGAAAGUAUGAUGAAUCACCCUCCCAUUCCCAUCUCCGAGCUGGCGGAGCACACGGAGCUUCUGAAGGCCAACGACAACCUCAAGCUUUCCCAGGAAUAUGAGUCCAUCGAUCCAGGCCAGCAGUUCACCUGGGAGCAUUCCAACCUGGAGGUGAACAAGCCGAAGAAUCGUUACGCCAAUGUCAUUGCGUACGACCACUCCCGCGUCAUCCUGGCUCCCAUCGAGGGCAUCACAGGGAGCGACUACAUCAACGCCAACUACAUCGACGGCUACAGGAAACAGAACGCUUACAUCGCCACCCAGGGUCCUUUACCAGAAACCUUCGGGGACUUCUGGAGGAUGGUGUGGGAGCAGCGAGCCGCCACCGUGGUCAUGAUGACCCGACUGGAGGAGAAGUCACGGAUCAAGUGUGACCAGUACUGGCCCAGUCGUGGCACUGAAACCUAUGGUAUGACCCAAGUGACCCUGUUGGACACCAUCGAAUUGGCCACUUUCUGUGUCCGCACCUUCUCCUUGCACAAGAACGGCUCCAGCGAGAAACGUGAGGUCCGCCAGUUCCAGUUCACGGCGUGGCCCGACCACGGUGUGCCGGAAUACCCGACCCCAUUCCUGGCCUUCCUGCGCAGGGUCAAGACCUGCAACCCGCCUGACGCUGGACCCAUCAUCGCCCACUGCAGUGCCGGCGUCGGUCGGACAGGUUGUUUCAUUGUAAUCGACGCCAUGCUGGAGCGGAUCAAGCACGAGAAGACGGUGGACAUUUACGGCCACGUGACGCUGAUGCGCUCGCAACGGAACUACAUGGUGCAGACGGAGGACCAGUACAGCUUCAUACACGACGCCCUGCUGGAGGCGGUGGCCUGUGGCAACACGGAGGUGGCAGCUCGCAGCCUCUACUCCUACAUCCAGAAGCUGGCCCAGGUGGAGAGCGGCGAGCACGUCACCGGCAUGGAGCUGGAGUUCAAGCGUUUGGCCAACUCCAAAGCCCACACGUCACGCUUCAUCAGUGCCAACCUUCCCUGCAACAAGUUCAAGAAUCGGCUGGUCAACAUCAUGCCCUACGAGACCACGCGUGUCUGCCUGCAGCCAAUCAGAGGCCUGGAAGGAUCCGACUACAUCAACGCUAGCUUCAUUGAUGGAUACAGGCAACAAAAGGCCUACAUUGCCACACAGGGCCCUCUGGCAGAGACGACCGAGGACUUCUGGAGAAUGCUCUGGGAGAACAAUUCCACCAUUGUCGUCAUGUUGACCAAACUGAGAGAGAUGGGAAGGGAAAAGUGUCACCAGUAUUGGCCCGCGGAGCGCUCUGCCAGGUAUCAGUACUUUGUGGUGGACCCCAUGGCGGAGUACAACAUGCCUCAAUACAUCCUUCGAGAGUUCAAAGUCACGGAUGCCCGGGAUGGCCAAUCCAGGACAGUAAGGCAGUUCCAGUUCACCGACUGGCCGGAGCAAGGCGUUCCCAAAUCUGGGGAGGGCUUUAUCGAUUUCAUCGGCCAGGUGCAUAAAACCAAGGAGCAGUUUGGACAGGAUGGGCCGAUCUCUGUUCACUGCAGCGCUGGUGUGGGAAGGUCGGGUGUCUUCAUCACCCUCAGCAUCGUCCUGGAGCGAAUGCGUUACGAAGGUGUGGUCGAUAUCUUCCAGACGGUGAAGAUGCUCCGGACACAGAGGCCAGCUAUGGUCCAAACUGAGGACGAGUACCAGUUCUGCUAUCACGCCGCUCUGGAGUACUUAGGAAGCUUUGAUCACUAUGCAACGUAAAAAGCCAUCCCGUCCCGCCCCCCACCCCCUCCCCCCGACACCCCGGUCCCCAUGAGUCCCGUCACCCCCGCCUCGCCCCCCCCGACCCAACAGUCUCCUGAGCCAUAGAAACUUGAAUUUCGAAGCAAGCCGUCGUCGCACAACAACUGCUUAGUCAGGACGCGUCACACACCAAGAUACCGUUGUAGAUCUUUUAAAACCCACCCGAUACUCCCGUCUUGAGAAGAUCCUGAGGCUCGAGCUGCGCGGGGGGGGAGGGGGGGAAUAUCCAAGCGUCGGACCGCUUACCUUACCUCAAGUGUUUCCGGACAUCGUAAAACAUCCACGCCGAACGAGAGCGGACUUCACCAGUAGGGCUUCUUUCCCCACACAUUUUCUGCGACGUUCGGAGAGACGACCGACGCGGUGGCUGCCCGGACGAACGCUCCAACUCAAAGAAGACCACGACUGAUGCCACAUAUCUUCAAGAUGGCUUCUCCGGUCAACCGGAACAAGAAAAUAAGGUUGGUGGACUGGUGACCAUGCCCGACAUUUUUUUUUGUGCGUGUGUGUGUUGUUUUUUUUUCGUUUAACCACGUUUGCGAUUGGGAAGCGGGGCGAAGACGCGCCACCAAGCCUUCUUCGGUGUACAGCAGUGACCAACGCUCUCGGUGAACAUUUUCAAUUUCUGUCCAAGGCUGAAUGAACAUGCUGCUUCUCUCGCCUGUGCUGUAGCUCGCUGUUCUCAGAACACGGUCAUUCCCCAACUUCACUUUUAGAUGCGCUCGGUCCUCAUUUUGUCCGAUUUAGGGGGGCGGGAGGUAAAAAAAAACAAAAUCCGAAGCUUUGGUUUGGGCUCUCCGUGUUGUUGAUGACGUCUGCGGAGCAUGUUAGCUCAAGAUGCAGGGAGGAGGAUCAUCUUGCACAUCGGGGAGAUACAGAACUGAAACCACACGGACACGGGUGUUUCCGGAAUGUUCUCUGCUCCUUAAAAAGCUGCCUUUUGGUCAAUUCGGAGCGGACUGGAGAGUUUCAAAAUCAUAUAAGUGAAGUGAAUUAUAUUUAUAUAGCGCUUUUCUCGAGUCACUCAAAGCGCUUUACAUAGUGAAACCCAAUAUCUAAGUUACAUUGGCACUGGGAGCAAGUGGGUGAAGUGUCUUGCCCAAGGACACCACGGCAGUGACUAAGAUGGUGAAAGUGGGAAUCGAACCUGGAACUCUCGAAUCCAAUCCAAUUCACUUUAUUUAUAUAGCACAUUUAAACAACAAUAACGUUUCCAAAGUGCUGCACAGCCAUGUUAAAAACAAUAUUAAAAAAACAAUAUUAUGCUCCACCCAUGAUUGAAUAAAAACAAAAAAAUAAAUAAAUAUAAAACCAAUAUGAAAAAAACAAUAUAAAAACAAAUAUGAUUAAAAACUAUUUUAAAGGGUAAAAUCAAUUAAAACAGUAAAAUAGAAAUCAAAGUUGCUGGCACGGCCACUCUACCAACCGAGCUAAGCACAUUUAAACUAAAAUGUUUCCAAAGUGCUGCACAACAAUAUUUAAAAAAAUAUUCCAAUAUUAUCCUUAGCUCCACCAAUGACUGAAUAAAAACAAAAAAAACUAAUAAAUAUAAAAUCACUGUAAAAACAAUAUAAAAAUAAAUAUGAUUAAAACCAAUUAAAACAAUACAUAGAAUAGAUUAGAUGCAAUUAAUUAGAAUUGCAAUUCUGACUUGUAUCGAUUUUAUUUUAUUGAUUGUAGAAAACUGUUCAUGGAUUUAGAGUCAAGAUCAAUUAAAAUCACAAUUCAGACUGGUAUCGAUUUUUUCUUUUCUUUCUAUUGAUUCUAGAAAACUUGUAAUUGAUUUAGAAUUGAGAUGAAUUACAAUCACAAUUCGGACUUGAGUCGUUUUUAUUGUUAUUUUUUUAAUAAUGACAAAAACAACCGUUAAUUUAAUAUCUAGGUUAAUUAAAAUCACAUAUUCGGACUUGUUUUGGAUUUUUUAUUUAUUUUUCUAUUGAUUCCGAGAAAACUUUUCAUUGAUUUUGGAAUUGCCAUGAAUUAGAAUCACAAUUUGGACUAGCAUCGAUAAUUUUUUUUUCUAUUGAUUCUACAAAAGGUUAGUUUAUUUCGAAUUAAGAUGAAUUACAAUUGCGAUUUGGACUUUUAUCUCUUUUUUUUAAUUUUUUAUAUUGAUUCUAGAAAAUUAUUUUCUAGAAUCGAGAUGAAUUAGAAUCACAAUUCGGCCUUGAGUCCUUUUUUUUUUAUAAAAAAAAUGUUUUUAUUUCAAAUCUAAAUUAAUUUAAAUAACAAUUCACACUUGCAUCGAUUAUUUAUUUACUUUUUUUCAUUCUAGAAAACUAUUUUCUAUAAUCGAGAUGAAUUAGGAUUACAAUUCGGACUUUAUUCCCUUUUUUUUUUAAACUCGAAAAAAUCUGUUAAUUUGCAAUCUAAAUUAAUUAAAAUCACAUUUUGGACUUGCAUCGAUUAUUUAUUUACUUUUUUAUUGAUUCUAGAAAACUAUUUUCUAGAAUCGAGAUGAAUUAGAAUCACAAUUCGGUCUUUAGUCCUUUCUUUUCAAAUUCGAAAAAAUCUGUUAAUUUAGAAUCUUAAUUAAUUAAAAUCACAAAUUCGGACUUGAAUCGAUUAUUUACUUUUUUAUUGAUUCUAGAAAACUAUUUUCUAGAAUCGAGAUGAAUUAGAAUUACAAUUCGAACUUCAGUCCUUUUUUUUUAAAUUACAAAGAAAUGUUAAUUUAGAAUCUAAAUGAAUUGAAAUCACAAUUCGGACUUGCAUCGAUUAUUUACUUUUUUAUUGAUUCUAGAAAACUAUUUCUAGAAUCGAGAUUAACUAGAAUUACAAUUCGGAUUUAAGUCCUUUUUUUAAAUUAGAAAGAAAUGUUAAUUUAGAAUCUAAAUUAAUUAAAAUCACAUUUCGGACUUGCAUCGAUUAUUUAUUUACUUUUUUUAUUGAUUCUAGGAAACUAUUCUCUAGAAUCGAGAUGAAUCAGAACUACAAUUCGGACUUUAGUCCUUUUUUUUUAAUUAGAAAAAAUCUGUUAAUUUAGAAUCUAAAUUAAAAUCACAAUUCGGACUUGCAUCGAUUAUUUAUUUACUUUUUUAUUGAUUCUAGAAAACUGUUUGCUAGAAUCAAGAUGAAUUAAAAUCACAAUUUGGCCUUGAGUCCCUUUUGUUUUUAAUUUAAAAAAAAUUCAAUUUCAAAUCUAAAUGAUUCAAAAUUACAAUUCGGACUUGCAUCGAUUAUUUAUUUACUUUUUUAUUGAUUCUAGAAAACUCUUUUCUAGAAUCGAGAUGAAUUAGAAUUACAAUUCGACUUUAGUCCUUUUUUUAAGUUAGAAAAAAUGUGUUCAUUUGGAAUCUAAAUUAAAAUUACAAUUCGGAGUUGCAUCGAUUAUUUAUUUACAUUUUUAUUGAUUCUAGAAAACUAUUUUCUAGAAUCGAGAUGAAUUAGAAUUACAAUUCGACUUUAGUCCUUUUUUUAAGUUAGAAAAAAUGUUUUCAUUUGGAAUCUAAAUUAAAAUUACAAUUCGGACUUGCAUCGAUUAUUUAUUUACUUUUUUAUUGAUUCUAGAAAACUAUUUGCUAGAAUCGAGAUGAAUUUAAAUCACAAUUCUGCCUUGAGUCCCUUUUGUUUUUAAUUUAAAAAAAUGUCCAUUUCAAAUCUAAAUGACUUAAAAUCACAAUUCACACUUGCAUCGAUUAUUUAUUUACUUUUUUAUUGAUUCUAGAAAACUAUUUUCUAGAAAUGAGAUGAAUUAGAAUUACAAUUUUAGUCCUUUUUUUACGUUAGAAAAAAUGUUUUCAUUUGGAAUCUAAAUUAAAAUUACAAUUUGGACUUGCAUCGAUUAUUUAUUUACUUUUUUAUUGAUUCUAGAAAACUUGUCAUUAGAAUAACGAUGCCACCAAGUCCCCCUUUUUUGGAGCUCCUGAUUGGCCAAAAGUCACAUGGCAGCUGGUGAAUGUGUUUGUUUGUCAGUUGAUUUUUGGAACACACCCAGGAGGAGGAAACUUGUGCAACUAUCCGUGUUCGUGUGGAAAAUAGACCCGCCCUAAAAAAAAACAAAUAAAAAAGAAAAAAAACACCUGAAAGUUGCAUUUGCCGCACAAAUGUAAAAGAAGAUCAAAAUCAGCGGCUUUUAUUGUUUGCAGUCAUCCAGGCUUUGGUACGUGUUUUUUUUUUUUUUUUGGGGGGGAUUGUGUGAAAGUUUCUGAUAUGCGCACAAAAAAAAGAAGAAAAACAAGCCGAGAUGGACGGGAUUGUGUGUGUGUCAUCUUUUUUCUAUAUUUCCAAAAACGCCUUAUUGUUACUGUAACACGAUGAAGACAUUAAUGUUGUAUUAUGAUGAUUUAUUUUGCUUUACAUAAUUUCUUUUUGGAACAGAGGUGUUGUAUGGCUUUUUUUUUUUUAACAACAGCAAGAAGAGAAGUGCUUAUUUGCUCACAUUAUGUUCAAAUACAUUCUAUUUUUUCACCGUAGAGCUCCGUAUAACGUGUGUGUGUGUGUGUGUGUGUGUGUGUGUAUGUACACACACACACACACACACUUACAGAUAUUUAACUAUAAAAAUAUAUCCAAACUUAGUUUCAAUAUUUUCUCAUUUUAUUCCCGGCCCUUUGCUUAUGUUUAGAGAUAUAAUACUUUCUUUUUCUUUUUUCUUUUUUUUAUAUUUCUAAUUUUAGCAUUUUAUAUUUGUAACACUUUAGUCUGGCCCGCUCUGCUCCUCAUCCUGGUUCCGAUGAGGACUUUUUAAAAAAAACUAACUUUGUAGACAUGAGUAUUGGUUUUAUUAGUAGCAGCCUCGCAGUAACCGGUCCGCAGAUGAUCUAACAACUCAAAAAUGAUAUUAUAUUUUUGUCUUUACCUGUAUCGGCGCGAUUUGACAUGCUAUACUUUGUAUGAUCAUGUACAGACUGUAUAACCCCCUUUUUUUAAAAGAAAAUCUAUAUGUACUUUUUUUUUUUCAAUUUUUUUUACACUUGUAUUACUUUCCAACAUACUGUGGUAAUUCAUUUUUUGGGGUCAGAAAUACACAACAAUCUACAUGUAAAUAAACAAAUAUAUAGAUUAUAUGUAUUUGUAAAUCAUUUCACCCUGAAGAUCUCAAACGGUACAAAAGAUUUACACAUCGCCAACUUGUUCUUCUGGAAAGAACAUGUACAGUAGGGAAGGGAUUCAUAUGACCCCAUUCCUGAGGUCUUGUGUGAGAGGAAGAGGCUGCUGAAAAUGAUGGAAAGCGGCACUCUAUAUAGCAACUGUGGUAAAUGUUGGAAUUGCCACAAAACACAUUUCAAGAUAUUCAACACUCUACUGCUGUCUGGCGGCUAAAGUGGAGAGUGCACCCCCCCCUCCCACCCAAUUCGUCACAUUUCAUGUAUCUGGUAAACCGCGGCGAAUGGGGCUGUAGAAAUCCCCUCCCUACUGUCAAAAAUACUGCUACUUUUUGCCUUUUUUUUUGGUAUUUUUUGUUGUUUCCCCUUUGCAAAAAGACAAAGUUUCCAUUCAUGAGGUCAUAAAAAAAGAAUUUUGAUUCUCGUCAAAUUUUCCUCGCAAAAUGGAUGCAAACGACGACGCCACGGGAAUGGCGUGAAACAAGUCCGGGGGGUGGGGGGACACAGACACAACUGAAAACAUUUUGGGAAUAAGUUGGGACAUGUUUCAUGGAGAAAGACAAGAAUCCUCUUUGGAGGCUUUGUGGGAGCGCUGAUUGCCAAAAAGGGAGUCUUUGGAAAGCUCGGACAUUUCCUGCUCGGCGCCGACACCUGCCGCCAGUGGUUGGAAAGCGUGGCAGAGAAAACCACUAACAAGGACGAAAAGAGCGCAGAGACUACAUAACGACCGAAUGAACACAAACGAGCUUUCAUUUGUUUGAGGGCUGUCACUUUCAAACUGUUACAUCCAACUGGUUGCUUUAAAGCCACUGUGUAUGUAGAUAUGUUGACUUUGUAUUAAAGAAAUGUUGUCUGAAAAAAAA